AUGGCGGAGGCGCCCCUUGGCCCCAAGACCAUCCUGGUGCUGGGGAAGAUGGGCUUCCAGCUGGGGUCGCUGCUGGCUCAUGGUGCCUACUGGGAGGUGGAUGAGGCUGCAGUCCCCCCGCUGUGGCACAAGGUGGCUAUCAAGGUCAUCUCCAAAAGGAAGGCGCUGGAGGAAGAGCUCAGGAAGCUCCUGCCCCAUCAGAUGCAGGUCUUGAAGGGCUUGUGCCACAAGCACCUCAUCACACUGUACCAAGGUGUGGAGACAAGGAUGGGCUUCUACCUCCUCAUGGAGCUGGCCCCCUCGGGGAGUGCCCUGGAGCGGGUGCAGAGCCCGGGGCCCUGCUCCCAGGGCCAGGCAGGGCUCUGGUUCUCCCAGCUGCUCCUCGCUCUGGCCUACCUGCACAGCAGGGCCAUCCUCCACCGGGACUUGAAGCUGGAAAACCUUCUCCUUGACAGCAAGGACAACAUGAAGGUCUCCAUCUCCAGCUUCUCCAGGAGGCUGGCCCUGCAGGAGGCCAGUGGGGAGUCCCGCAGGGCCUCCCCACAUGCAGGGCUGCCCGCCAAGGCGGCACUGAGCCAGACCUUCUGCGGGUCCUAUGCUCACGCCUGUCCCGAGAUCCUGCAGGCGCAGCCCUACAGCCCCUUCCUGGCAGACACCUGGAGCACCGGUGUCAUCCUCUAUGCCCUGCUCCUGGGCUGCAUCCCCUUCGAUGCCACCAACCUGCGGUGCCUCCUGCACCAGGCCCAGCAGCCCCCCCGUCCCAGGACUGAGGUGAUCUUGCGCCUGCUGUGCCCAGUGCGCCGGCACCUCUCAGCCAUCGAGCUGCUCCGGACCCGCUGGGUCUCUUGGUUCCUGCCCCCAGGGCACCUGCCCUUGGGCACCUAG